AUAUAUAGAAAAUGUCGCCGUUUAUGGUGUUUAGUUGGUGUCCACAAUCUGCUUGACGAUCACUCAGGAUUCGUCUCGGCUCCUUCCCGCCAGAAGGAUUUCUUUACUAGACAUUAACAAUACACAGUUAGUGCUUUGAAGCGUAGAUAGUGUAUUCGGACAAAGUUUUCGGUUUAGUUCAGUGACAACUGAAGAGCAUUCGAAAUUCCUUGGAACGGAUAAGAAUAAAUGAAGUGAUUUUGCCAAGAUCCUGGUUAAGGACUAAGUGACUGAAUUGGUGGAUAAAAUCUAUGGUAACACCCUACAGUGGAGGGAGUUUGGAUACGUAAAAGAAGCUACUACUAGUGCUCAAUAUGUGGAGCGCUACUUUCCUUUUAGCGCUGCUAUGCGCUAUCGGAUGUCGGGCAGAUAUACCUCUUAUCCUUGCGGACUCCAAUCCAAGUGAAAAUGAAAUCAGUCGACAAAUUAAGUAUUCGGAUCCAAGUCAGAAUGUGGAAUUCUCGGAAUCCAAGGGUUAUUUCUAUAACCCUCCAAAGAUCCCGUUUACGCUGCCCCCGAAACCAACUUAUCCGACAACUCCAGCUCCAAUCAGAACAACUGUUUACACCACGCCGAGGCCGACAAUCGUUACCCAAAAAGUUGUGACAGGAUAUGAUUACCCAACCCCAUCGGUACCAUUCACUUUGCCAACGCUGCGAACGAUACCGACAACACGCGCGCCAACUACAACGACCUCGCGUCCUGUGACCUUCACAACUACAUAUAGGCCAGUUACAACAACGACUUAUAGAGCACCUACAACCACAUAUCGCGCUCCAACUACGGGAUACACCUAUACGACGCCAAGACCAACGACGCGCGCUCCAGUUACAACAACGACCAGAAGGCCAAUUCCAACAACAACUCGUCGCCCAACAACUGGCUAUAAUUACCCGACUCCGACUGUUCCAUUUACUUACCCAACUACACAAAAAACUUUUCCGCCUACCCUCAGAACUAUUCCAACAACAACCGCAAGGCCUACAACACGUCCGCCAGUAGUAACUACCACUUAUAGGCCAAUUACAUCUACUUAUAGGCCCAUCACUACGACUUACAGGCCAACUACCACAACUUAUAGACCUGUGACAACUACCUAUAAGCCUGUUACAACAACCACGUAUAGACCUAUAACAACAACAACCAGGCGCCCAACAACGGGAUAUAGUUAUCCUUCUCCAACGGUUCCAUUUACCUAUCCAACUACCCCAAGGACAUUUCCACCAACUUUAAGAACUGUGCCGCCUACAACGCCGAAGCCAUAUACUACACCUAAGGCACCAACGACAACAAUAAAGCUGACAACGGGGUAUGCUUAUCCAACACCAUCAAAGCCGUUCACCUAUCCAACGCAACCGCCAACAUUGAAGACUUUCCCUCCUACUCCAUACACCACGCCUAGGACCACAACGCGCCCUGCAACAGUACGAACGACUCCAUAUGUGUACACUACGCCACGUGUAACCUUCACAACACCAAGGCCUACAAUUCGAACAACGCGUGCUACAAUUCCAACAACUUUCCGGACUAUUCCAACCUACAGUACUCCCGGCAUAGAAUACUUGCCACCCAGAACAACAACUCCCGCCCCAAAAAUUUAUACAACUCAACCAACAACUAGGCGCCCCUCGACUACACCUUAUACUUUCCCGCCGACAACUAGGAGAAUUACAACGACGACACAAAUUCCACGGAUUAUAACGACAAGAUAUACUCCUCCCCCAACUUUCCCCACAACCAGUAGACCAACUUACAGCACCCCCGGCGUGGAAUACUUGCCACCAAAAACCACAGUCCCACCACGACCACCAACAACUGUGUAUACUUUCCCGCCCACAACUAGGAGAAUUACAACGACCACACAAAUCCCGCGAAUAAUAACAACGAGGUAUACUCCGCCACCCACAUUCCCUACAACAACUAGAAGGACAACUUAUAGUACCCCAGGUUUGGAAUACUUGCCACCGAAAACUACAGUUCCACCACGUCCAUCGACUACCGCCUACACUUUUCCACCUACUACUAGGCGCAUAACUACCACCCCAGCUCCUCGGGUCUUUACGACGCGUGCUACAACGUUCUACACCCCACCACCAACUUUUUCAACUACCCAAUAUACCACAAGACGACCCACCUAUAGUACUCCUGGCGUAGAAUAUCUACCACCUUCUACUCAGCCACCUCGAAUUUAUACUACACAAUCAACGACCCGCCGUCCUUUCACUACGCCUUACACCUUUCCACCAACGACAAGACGCAUAACUACUCCAACGCCAACCUAUAUUCCACCCGUUACAACACCGACGCCGCGCAUUUUUACAACUCGUCCCACAACUAGAGCACCUCCUACCACUACGCCUUACGUAUAUACAACCAGAAGGACAACUUUCAGUACUCCUGGAAGAGAGUACCUUCCACCAGUGACGACAACCCCAGCACCUCGGGUCUAUACGACUGCUCGUCCAACAACUAGGCCUCCAACAAUUCCUACAACUCCGUUCGUAUUCACAACGAAACGACCAUCCCCUUCUACCACACCGUACGUAUACACAACCCCUCGUACAACCAGAGCAACUACUCCCUACGUUUACACAACCGCUCGCACAACACGAGCCACUACCCCAUUCGUUUAUACAACAAGACCAAGUCUAAGAACGACGUACAGCACUCCAGGCUUAGAAUACUUACCUCCUAAAACUACUCCAGCUCCGAAAAUCUACACAACAAGGCCACCACCACCACCUCCAACUACGCAAUUUGUGUUUACAACCCCCAAACCAACGCCAACGCCAUUCGUGUACACGACCAAGCCAACUAUCCGAACAACAUACACUACGCCUGGUUUGGAAUACCUUCCUCCCAGGACAACGACUCAAGCACCGCGAAUUUUCACUACAAAGAUAACCACCCGGCCUCCACCACCUCCCACAACCGCAAUUUAUACGACAAGGCAAACCUUCCCAACCAUCCGUACUACCCCAUACACAACUACCCGAAGACCUACGUUCCGUACAACCUACAGCACACCCGGAAUUGAAUAUCUGCCUCCAACUACUACUCCUACUCCAAAGGUAUACACAACUGCUCGUCCUACUACAAGAUUCCCAAUAGUCUCAACAACGCCUUUCAUUUACACUACAAAACCAACUUUCCCUACCUAUCGCCCAACGUACACAACACCAAAACUGGAGUACUUGCCACCAUCCACGACCACCCAGUUGCCCAAAGUGUAUACAACUAGGGCAACAACUCUUCCUCCACCACCACCAACAACGCCAUUCGUCUUCACAACAAAACGGCCAAUCAGCACCCCAGCGCCUGAAUACUUACCCCCCUCGACAACGAGAUAUAUCCCGCCUUCAACUACUCCUCGGUACAUUCCUCCGUCAACUACAAGAUACAUUCCUCCCUCAACGACACGGUACACUCCUCCACCAACAACAACUCGGUACACUCCUCCACCAACAACAACUAGAUACACUCCUCCACCAACUACCACCAGGUACACUCCCCCAACCACCAGAUACACACCUCCGCCAACACCCCCACCAACCAUCCCAAUAAGCACUCCGGCACCGUCAUAUGUACCCCCAACAACUAGACCUCCACCACCACCACCAACAACCCGACCUCCACCACCACCUCCAACUCCACUUCGCACCCUGCCGCCAGUCACAACGCCGCCGACAACAAGAUACACAACUCCCUACACCUUCCCCACAUACAGGCCUUCCACGCCAGGACCAACCUACUUGCCACCCCUAAAAUCAAACUUAGUGUUGUUUUAAAGCGCUAGCUGGAAAAAUUUCGCAGAUUUUACUCGCUACCCUUACCCUUCCAGAUAGAGCUAGUCAUUAGGAACGAACAAAUGAAAAGGAUAAACCAACAAACAGUAAAUAUUGUCAGUCAGUUUGCAAAGGACUCGAUCUCUUCGCAGAUUGCAACAAAAUUUCCAGUCCUUUGGGUAUUUACUUUGAAAAAUACCAGAAAAUACUCAUUUUGUAAUAUGAAAAUAUAAUAAAUAUUUUUU